AUGAUAGCUAAAGUUACUGACCUUGAAAUCAAAGACACCUUCUGGUCUCUUAAUCCUUCUAAAGCCCCAAGUCCUGAUGGCUACAAUUCUGGGUUCUUUAGGAAAGCUUGGCCUAUCAUUGGUCAUGAAGUCACUGCAGCUGUCAAAGCCUUUUUUAGGUCUGGUCAAAUGCUUAAAAGAGCUAAUUCUACCAUAGUAGCUCUUGUGCCUAAAGUUCCUAAUCCUUCAAAGGUUGGGGAUUUAACGCCCAUUUCAUGUUGUAAUAUUGUCUACAAGUGCAUUUCUAGAAUUCUUGCUAAAAGACCGCAGGUUGCUCUUCCUUCUUUAAUUGACCAUGUUCAAUCAGGCUUUGUUAAAGGUAGGAGGAUUGCUGAUAAUAUUUUCCUAACCCAGGAACUUAUGAGAGGAUAUCAUAAAUCAUCAUCCUCUCCUAGGUGUGCUAUGAAAGUGGACAUUAUGAAGGCUUAUGACAAUGUGAGAUGGGAUUUUCUUUGGGAUACUCUAUCUUCCAUGAAUUUCCAUCCCCCGAUGAUUAAAUGGCUUCAAGCUGUGUUACCACUGCCAAUUGCUCCCUUAGCAUCAAUGGGGAAGUCACCAGCUACAUUCAUGGGAAAAGAGGGCUCAAGCAACGCGAUCCAUUUUCCUCUUACCUAUUUAUCAUUGUUAUGGAGAUUCUCACUUGUCUCCUUUGAUUUUCGUUAUCACUGGAGAUGUGGAGCUACUAAGAUUUUGAACCUGUGCUUUGCUGAUGAUCUUAUGAUCUUUUGCAAAGGAGAAUUGUAA